CUCAUUCAAUAUGACACAACCCGGCGCCGCCUUUAGCAAUCACUUUGUACCAUAUGCGCGAGGCUGUUUCCCUCAAACCAACAGCUUCUAGACAUUGAAGACUCCUAAUCUCUAUCUACCUUGCGAGCUGUUCUCCGGUCACCUGCCAAGGGAGUUCAAAGUCGGCCUCAUGCCAACCACGCCCGUUAUGGGCUCCGAAAAGAUCCUCCCACAAGAGGGCCAAAGAAAUAUUCUGAUUACUUCUGCGCUACCAUAUGUGAACAACGUACCACACUUGGGCAACAUCGUGGGCAGCGUACUGAGUGCCGACGUCUUUUCCAGAUACAACAAGGCUCGCGGCCGACCAACCCUCUUCGUAUGCGGAACCGACGAGUAUGGAACAGCUACCGAAACGAAGGCCUUGGAAGAGGGAGUAACACCGGAAGAGCUGUGUGCAAAGUACAACAAAAUCCACGCCGAGAUUUAUGAGUGGUUCGAGCUCAAUUUCGACAUCUUUGGUCGGACGCCCACGAAACAACAUACGCAAAUCGCGCAAGAGAUCUUCCUACAGCUCCACGCCAAUGGCCACUUGACGGAACAUGUCAACAGACAACCCUUUUGCGAGAAGCACGGGAAAUUCCUGGCAGAUCGCUUCGUCGAAGGCACGUGUCCAAAGUGCGGCUACGACGACGCUCGUGGAGACCAGUGCGAUAAGUGUGGCAGUCUACUCGAUCCUCUGGACUUGAUAAACCCUCGUUGCAAAGUCGACGGUGCGACCCCUGUUACAAAAGAGACGAAGCACACAUACCUCCGGUUGGAUGAGCUUCAAGCAAGAAUCGAGGAGUGGUCACAACGUUCAAUUGAAAAGGGCGGAUGGUCAAGAAGUGCGAAGGUCAUUACCGAAGCAUGGUUGAAGCAAGGUCUGAAAGAAAGAGGCAUUACUCGGGACUUAGCCUGGGGAGUACCUGUUCCACUUCCAAGUUACGAGCACAAAGUCUUGUAUGUGUGGUUCGAGGCAUGCAUUGGCUAUCCCUCCAUCACCGCCAAUUAUACCGAAGAAUGGCAGAAGUGGUGGAAAAAUCCCUCGAAUGUGCAAUUGUAUCAAUUCAUGGGCAAAGACAACGUUCCAUUCCACUCCGUCAUCUUCCCUGGAUGUCAGAUGGGCACUGGCGAGGAAUGGACUCAACUACACCACUUGUCGUCGACCGAAUACCUCAACUACGAAAAUGGAAAGUUCAGCAAGAGUCGUGGCAUAGGGGUCUUCGGUAACAAUGCAAAGGACACUGGGGUGCCUCCCGAUGUAUGGAGAUAUUACCUGCUUAAGAAUCGACCCGAGUCAGGCGAUACCCAGUUUGAGUGGCGCUCAUUCAUCGACGGCAACAACUCCGAGCUCCUGGCCAAGCUGGGGAACUUUGUCAACAGAGUCAUCAAGCUUGUCAAUUCUCCCAAAGCCUACGCAGGGGUCAUCCCGGAUUUCGACCAGCAUAAUCUACCUUCCUCUUUCAAGGAGCAUCUGGAUGAAAUCACGGAGCUAACGAAACAGUAUCUGGCUGAGAUGGAAGCCGUUCACCUCCGCAAUGGCCUCCUUGUUGCCAUGAAAAUUGCAGAGGCGGGCAACGGCCUGAUUCAGGCACACCGACUCGACAAUUCGUUAAUAGCGAGCGACCCAGCUCUUGCUGCCGCCGUGGUAGGGACGGUAAUUAACUUGAUCUACCUCUGCUCAGCGAUCUUCGAACCUUAUCUCCCAGCGACAUGUGCGUCGAUACGCAAACAGCUAGAUGCCGGUUUCCUACAAAUUCCGUCCGAAGAAGACCUUGCAACAGGGUGGUUGCCGACAUAUAUCAAGCCUGGCCACAAAAUCGGAAAGGCAGAGUACUUGUUCACCAGGAUCGACGAGAAGAAGGCAGAUGAGUGGAGGGAGUUGUUUGGCGGUAAUCAGGCUGAGCGUGAGAAAAAGAAGAAGGAAGAAGCCGAGCUUGCGGCCAAGAAAGCAGAGCAGAAGCAGAAGGCUAAGGCGAAGAAAGCUGCUCAAAAAGCUGCUAAGGCUGCAGGAGGGGAGACUGUGGAAAAGACUGCCAAAGGUGGUUCUAAGGGUAAGGAGUUGGCCAACGGUGUGCUCGAGGUCGGGGAAGAUGCUGCCGUACAAAAGGUGACAGAUGGAGUCGCCCAGGUGACUUUACCAACAUCCUGAACUGUUCUGACGCCAUGUGACACUCGCAAGAAGUGUAGGCUAGAUAUCGGGGGAGACGGAUUAUGCGACAUGAAAGAAAAGCUUUGGGUUCGGACGGAGUCCUUUUUGUUCGUCAUGAGGCCCUCAACGGUCUAAGGGAGCUUGGUCAGGAAACUUCUCUGCUACAAGCAGAGCAAAAGAAGAUACCCGGGUGGCAGGCAUCAGAUGAAAGACGACGCAGUAGAUGUAGAAGACUCGCCAAAUAGUAUUGAGAGAGGUUAUCAUAUCCGAAGUUCUGGUCGUCUCCUCAAAUUAUUUCCUACGAGGCAUGUCUAAAUCAG